AUGGAUUUCAAAUCGAUGGACACGGUUGAGAUGCCUAUUUUUGGGAGCACUCUCAAGUUAAUGAAGUUCUGGUCAUAUCUCUUUGUUCACAACUGGCGUCGAUAUGUCGCCAUGACUCCUUACGUAUUAAUCAACUGUACUCAGUAUGUGGAUAUAUAUUUGAGCACUGAGUCCCUGGAUUUUAUCAUCAGAAAUGUAUACUUGGCGGUUUUGUUUACCAACACAGUGGUGCGAGGUGUAAUAUUGUGUGUGCAAAGAUCCAGUUAUGAGCGAUUUAUUGAAAUGGUGAAGAGCUUUUAUAUAGAACUGUUGGAAUCAGAUGAUCCAGCUGUAAAACUUUUGGUUGAGGAGACAACACGACUCUCCGUUUUUAUAAGCAGAAUUAAUUUAAUGAUGGGCUGUUGCACUUGCAUUGGUUUUGUUACCUAUCCAAUUUUUGGUAAUAAUUAUUUACUUAAAAAAUUAAAUCUUAUGUUUUAUUAUAUAAAUUCAGUUCUUCCUUAUGGCAUGUACUUAUUUGCAAUUGAUGAAUACAAAUAUGCAUCGCCCUUCUAUGAGAUUUUCUUUGUGAUCCAAGGCAUUAUGGCUCCAAUGGGCUGCUGCAUGUACAUUCCUUAUACAAAUAUGGUGGUGACCUUUACCCUCUUUGCCAUAUUGAUGUGUAAAGUAUUGCAACAUAAAUUAAGAAGCCUUGAAAAGCUGAAAGAGGAACAAGUCCAUGAUGAAAUAAUACAAUGCAUAAAAUAUCAGUUAAAAUUAACAAAUUUAGUAGACUCCAUGAAUGCCUUGAAUACUCAUCUUCACCUGGUGGAAUUCCUUUGUUUUGGAGCCAUGCUUUGCGUUCUUCUAUUUUCUUUGAUAAUUGCUCAAACAAUUGCUCAAACAGUCAUAGUAAUUGCUUAUAUGGUAAUGAUAUUUGCCAACAGCGUUGUUCUCUACUCCGUUGCCAAUGAACUAUACUUUCAAAGCUUCGAUAUUGCCAUUGCUGCCUAUGAAAGCAAUUGGAUGGACUUUGAUGUGGACACACAAAAGACUUUGAAGUUUCUCAUAAUGCGCUCACAAAAGCCCUUGGCGAUUCUGGUGGGUGGCACCUAUCCCAUGAACCUGAAAAUGCUGCAGUCGCUUCUAAACGCAAUCUACUCGUUCUUCACCCUUCUGCGUCGCGUUUACGGCUAAGUAAAAUUCGCU